AUGGUGGGGGCCUGGCUGCUGCUCUGGGGGGGCCUGGCCCUGGGCUGCCGGGGCGAGACGGCCUUUCUCCGGCGUGCCGAUGACAGCACUGGGCGUUGCACCUACUCCUUCACGGUGGCCAGCCCUGUCGAGGCCACCUGCCCCGAUGCCGGCCGCGUGCCGGAGCUGCGGGCCGAGCUGGCCGCCCUUGCCGCCCGCCUAAGUCGGCUGGAGAGCCGGGAGCGGGGCAGAGGGGGCUCGGGGCCACGAGGAGGUGAGGCAGGGGGGGCACGGGACCCCCAGCAAGCAGCCCUGGCCACUCGCCUGGAGGCCGCCUACAGCGAGCUGCUGCAGGCCAAGUCCCGGCUGGAGGAGGAGAAGGGGCGGUUGGAGCGGGAGAAAGAGGAGCUGGGGAGGAGGCUGGAGAGCAGUGCCCAGGAGAUCACCCGGCUGCGGGCCACCCGCUGCCCCCCUGGCGGAGAGGGGCCCAGCCGCGACGCCCUGCGUGUCCCCGGCAAAGCCCCCCGCUGGGACCCGCAGCCCCUCGCCUACCAGGAGCUGCAGUCGGAGAGGACGGAGGUUCCUGUGUCCCGGCUGCUGGAGGAGACUGCGCUUGGCCGCCCGGGGAGCGAGGACUCGGGCUGUGGCGAGCUGGUGUGGGUGGGGAAGCCUGUCGUCUUCGGCCGGGCAGAGUCCAUCGCCGGCAAGUACGGCGUGUGGAUGAAGGACCCCGAGCCCGUGCCCCCCUUCACGCGGGAGACCACCUGGCGUGUGGACGCGGUGGGCACGGAGGUCCGUCAGCUCUUCCAGUACGAGGCAGCCGAGCAGCUGGCCCGGGGCUACCCCGCCAAGGUGCACUUCCUGCCGCGGCCCCUGGAGAGCACGGGGGCUGUCGUCUACCAUGGCGGGCUCUUCUUCCAGCCCCGCCGCUCCCGCACCGUGGCCCGCUAUGACCUGCGGGGAGAGGCUGUCACGGCUGAGAGGGAGAUCCCCGGCGCCGGUUACCACGGGCAGUACCCCUACUCCUGGGGAGGCUACACCGACAUUGACCUGGCGGUGGACGAGACAGGGCUCUGGGUGAUCUACAGCACUGAGAAGGCCAGGGGGGCGAUUGUCCUCUCCAAGCUGGACCCUGAGACACUGGAGAUCCGGCGGACCUGGGAGACCAACAUCCGCAAGCGGGGGGUGGCCAACUCCUUCGUCAUCUGUGGCACCCUCUACACCGUCAGCAGCUACUCAGCGCCCAAUGCUACCAUCAACUUCGCCUACGACACGGCCACCGGCACCAGCCGGGCCCUCAGCAUCCCCUUCGAGAACCGCUUCCGCUACCUCAGCAUGGUGGACUACAACCCUGCUGAGCGGCAGCUCUUCGCCUGGGACAGCUUCAACAUGGUCACCUACCCCAUCCGCCUGUCCCGGCCGUGAACUGGGGCCAGGGACGCGCUGGCUCAGCUCCCACAACCCCUGCACGCACCUCAGCACCCCGCUUUGCUCCCCAGCUCCCCCCCGCACAGCCGGGAGCGCCGGCUCAGACAGCUCUGGGCGAUGGUGGGGGCCACAUGCUGACCAGCCAUGCCGUGAUGGGGCUACCAACAUGCCCGCUGGCAUCUCUGACAACAUCCCGUCAUGCUUGAGUGCAGUGGAGGGAAAUUAAGUGUUUCUCCAGAGCCUGGUCGAGCCAGCAAAAUGCCUCUCCCUGGCCUCUGUGGGUUUUGGAUGGGCCACAGCGGUACUCAGCCCUGAGCCGCUCUAGCAUCCUCCAGGAGCUCCCAGCCCAGCCACCCCAAAUUUGGAGCAAGGAGGGCUCAGGUGCAGUGAAGGCUGGGCAGGGCAGGCAGUGGAGGUGGGGAGAGGCUGCCUGGGAGGGUCCCACCUAAAAAUAAAUGUUUUCCCUGGUUGCAAGCAACGAUCCCCUCUGCGGGGCUGGGGUUCAUGUUUCCAGGCUCCGGCUGAGCACGAGCACCACUGCUGUCCCCCAGACCCACCCCCAUCAACAGCAGUUUUGGGGAGGCCUCCCCAGCUCAGGCCAGCCUCACUGAGGAGAGCAGUGUUUGCCCGCCAACAGCAGCCCCACAGAGCCAAGCUCCCCUGCUGAAAGCCCGCAAGCCCCACUGCAUCCCAUGCUGACAAUGCCUGGGGGCAUCCCAGAGCUCAGCCGCCUCCAAAAAUCAUCCAGCAAGAUGAAAAGCAGCGAGGAAUAUGGACACUCAUUGCACAAGCCUUGUUUUAUUGGGGGGGAAAAAAAAAGCCAAGAGAGCAGUGGUGAGGAGUGCUGGCAGAGCAUCCCGAAGCCGAGUGGCCCCUUGGCGCGCCCAGCCCCUCUCAGCCACGUGCUUCGGCUUUACAGCCAUGCCUGG